UGUGUUCAAACCCUUCAAGGCCCAAGAAAAGAGAGAGAAACUUCAAGCGACUCAGAUCACCCUUGAGCUCUAAGGAUGCCAAACUGGGGAGGUGGAGCCAAAUGUGGUGCCUGUGAAAAGACUGUGUACCACGCUGAGGAAAUCCAGUGCAAUGGAAGGAGUUUUCACAAGACAUGCUUCCUCUGCAUGGCCUGCAGAAAAGCUCUGGACAGCACCACAGUGGCAGCUCAUGAAUCUGAAAUCUACUGCAAAACUUGUUAUGGGAGAAAAUAUGGUCCCAAAGGAAUUGGCUUUGGACAAGGGGCAGGAUGUCUCAGCACUGAUACUGGUGACCAUCUGGGCUUGAAUCUGCAACAGGGUUCACCAAAGUCUACUCGUGCUUCUACACCAACCAAUCCUUCAAAGUUUGCCAAAAAGAUGGUAGAUGUUGAUAAGUGUCCCCGUUGUGGCAAAUCAGUGUAUGCUGCAGAGAAGAUCAUGGGAGGAGGAAAACCCUGGCAUAAGACUUGCUUCCGCUGUGCUAUCUGUGGGAAGAGUUUAGAAUCUACAAAUGUUACAGACAAAGAUGGAGAGCUCUACUGUAAAGUUUGCUAUGCAAAAAAUUUUGGUCCCAAAGGAAUUGGGUUUGGUGGCCUCACUCAAGCAGAAAAGAAAGAGGAUGAAUGAGCAGAAAUGGAUGCAACAGACUCAAGCUGCUGUUGGAAGCUGUCAAGUGAAGCACUAAACAUCACAUAUUGCUACAAACCUAGGGCAUUUGUUUAGUAUUUCCCACCUUGCAGGCAAAACUUGUGAGCUUGUAUCUUAAGAAGUUCUUAGAAUGGCUUAAAAAGGUACAGGGAUAAAACUAGAUCUGUGUUUGCUUUAGAGUGAAUAGAAGACAAAAAAACCCUCGUGAAACAAUAUUCAUGGAACACUGUUUCUUAAACUAUUUUUACCACACUUUUGAAUGGAAUUUUAAAGAGGCAGCAUUCUGUCCCAUUAAGAUAGAUACCUUACAGAAUGUGAGAGCCAGAGGGUUCUGAUUUAGGCUGUAUUUUCCUUCAUUCAGUGUUUUGCCAUCUGUAUUUUUAUCUCCUAAUAGCACUUUGACAUUUUGUGCUCAG